AUGGCCUUUUAUAUUCCGCGGAGUAGUCCCUUAUACCUCGGCGUUAUUUGCUUGUUCAUUUAUAUCUUCGCCGCAUUUUAUGGUCCGGGAGAGGGGCCAGUGGCGUUUGUCUACUCGGCCGAGGUUUUCUCUCUAUUACAUCGUGAGGUUGGCAUGGCUUGGGCCGUCGUAACGAACAACUUCUGGGCUAUCGUCGUGGCACAAACAUCCCCGCCACUUCUCCAGGCCAUUAAGCCCCAGGGAGUCUUUACACUUUAUUCUGUCUUUGGCGUUAUAUGCUUGAUUCUCAUCUUUCUAUUCCUUCCAGAGACGAAGCAACGCUCUCUUGAAGAACUUGAUGACGUUUUCUCGGUCUCUACCAGGCGGCAUGCGUCUUAUCAACUAUUGGAGGUCUUGCCAUGGUGGUUUAAGCGCUAUAUCAUGCGCAAGAGAAACGAGCCUGAACCUACGUUAUAUCUUUUCGAAGUGGAGGAAAACAUUGAGUCGGGACCAAAGUCCUAG